CAAAAAGAGGAUAGGUAGCCUAACUAAAUAAAUUCGAUAAAAACACGUCAUUAAGGCAAAGUGACAAAAUGGAUGAUUCAGAAGGCAGUGAGGCAGGUCCAGAACCAACUAAUAAUGAAGGAUCACACAGCGAACAGUUCCCAAAAAAUUCUGAUCCACAACUUUUUUUAAGUAUAUUCAGUUACGGUAAUUUAUAAAAGUUGAACCGAUUUUCGUUUGUUACUUUAAAAUCGCUUCAACCACAGCUCGACAGUUUUUGGUUGAGUAUGGAUGGCAAUUGCUAUUUUUCUUCGCUGCAUUUAUGAUAAUAUAUGAAUUCUUCUUAAAAAACAUCAUUAAAAAAUGGAUGGAAAAGCGAACAAUUAGUUCUCAGUGGGAUUUUCAUGCAAAAUCGGCUGAGAAACAUCAAGCAGCUUUGGAAGAAGCUAGACUAAAGAUGCAAGAGAGACAAAAUAAGAUGGCAGAGGAACAUGCUCAAAAGAUGAAGGAGAAAGAGGAACAAAAGCGUCUAGAGAAAAUUGAAGAAUUUGAAAAACACGAAAAAGGUCAAGGAUAUUAUUCUAAACUAGUUGGUUAAUUUUUCUUACGGUGUAUUUUACAAGUUCUUCUGUUUAAUUCAUUGAAAUUUCUCUAGAGACACACUGCAGGCUCAAGUGUUUCUAAUGAAACUAAAUCUGAAAAAUCUGACUCUGCCACCACAAGGCGGAAAAAUGUCUAUAGACAAACAGAUUAUAACCCUCUUACCGGUGGAUCAAGUAAGUAAAUUUAUCAUCUUUUUUAUAAAACGUAAGGAAGACAAACUGCUACUUUAAUGUGAACUUUACAAGUAGCACUAAUGAUUAAUGAAGACCUCAAUAUAAAAAGAUGUAAAAUUACAUACUUAGAUAGACAAGGAGGGAAAAGCUUGUUUAUAUAAAAGGGAGCUUUUUGAAAAUCAAUAAAUGUUUUCAGCAGAUUCUUGCGCUUACCGACCAAAUAGAAGAGGACCUUCAUCUGGUGGAUGACGAUAAAUGAAUACCUUAUUUUCAAAUUGGUUUUUCUAAACUGAAGUUAUGACGUGUGUAGUGCAAACGACGAAAGUCGACACUUCGCAUCGAUGGUGCUCAGUAUCUUAUAUAGUAGAAAAGCCAAUGUUUAUAUAAACAAUAAUUUUGUAAAAGAUCCCUUAUACUAUUUAAACGUUGAUUACAACUUAUAGAUUCAUUUCUAUAGGAUAUAAAUAAUUUAUAUAAUUAUGUUUUCUUGUGUGCAGUAUAUGUAUGUGGGUGUGUUCUUUGUAUUUACUUGCAUACAGCACCUAUCAGAAGGGACUAUUUAUAUUUUCUGCUAUAUUUAUUAUAUUUAAUAAAAUGAUUCUAUCAAA